CUCCUCCUUCGUGCGUUUGUCACUCUCACUCAGCAUUAGCAAAGAACCCUCCUUCUUCAAAGUUCAAAAAGACAAAAACCCAAAACCAAAACCCUAGCUUCUUCAAUGGUUCCACCCAUCCGUGGUUGUCGGCGCCUCUGCGACUUCCCUUUUCGCCAAGGUUCUGAGACCAAAUCCUCUGUUCUAGCUCUGCUCGACGUCCAUCCUUCUGUGGGUUUUCUGUUCGAGCUGCUCGCCAUCGUCUCAUCGUUCGACGUCUCGUCAUCGUCUUGCUCUCCGUCGCGCUCCACCGUUGUCGAAGGAAAUUGAGGAGCUUAAAGGUGUCUUGGAAAAGGAAAUCUUGAAGAUUAAGGUUAUUCAGGGUUCAUAUUUUCUGAUUUUGAUUGCCGGUCUGCACUACAUUAAUGUUCAGGAAUGAAUUCUUUGAUUCAUAUCCAUUAACAAAGACCAACGAUGGACGUCAACGACCCUUUGGAUUUUGAGUUAGAGGAUGAAUUUCUCAAACCCCCGCCCAACGUUAGCAAUAAAAGGAGGAAGAAGGUUAUUGGGUUGGAUGAUCUUCUUACUGAUCAUUUAAGAGAACUGGAAAAGCUCAAAGAAGAACAGAAUGAGCAGGAAAAGCCAAAGACAAAAAAGGCUAAGAAGGAUGCAAGUUCCUAUGAUGAUGAUGAAGAUCCCAGGGAAGCUUACUUGACAAAACUUGUUGAGAAGUGUGAAAAUCAGUUGAAAGAUUUUGGUGAAGAAGAAGAUAUUCCUCUCUGGGGAGUGAAAGUCUUUGGAGAUAAGAAAGCCUUUCCACCGCUGGAAUUUCCUGAGCUUGGAAGCUGCAAUCUUCUGCAGUCAUUUUUGAACAGUGAGCUGAAUUCUGUGGUGGAAUUGGCAGCCGAAAAAGGUGAUAACUUUCUUGAAGGAUUGCUCAUCAAUGGUUGGCUUCCAAAAUUAGCAUUCCUCUGUGGUCAUAUAGAAAAACCAGUAGCCAUUUGGUCCUUCAACACAAUGUUAUAUUCAUCAAAUGAAGAGCUUCGAAACUCAUCCUCUGACUUUUGGUGUGCAGUUCUCUCUUCUAGAAAAGAGGUUGAUCAAUUGCCUGUCGAAAUUGCUUGGUUUCCUGAGUACUCAGAUUUGAGAACAGCUCUUGACACUCAUGGGUUUCUUUUUGAAUUUUCAUCCAGUGGUGAACCCAAAAAUUUAGAUUCUGACACUGGAGAACCACCCCAAAAUAUUAGAGCCUGGCUCAAAUUUGUCACUGCUUGUUGUCUAAUACGGAGUAAAAGGCCAGUAUUUUCUGUUGUAGAAGCUGAAGAACUCAUUGAAAUUAUUAUAUGUCUAUUUCUAGAUCGCCAGUUUCAAGGUUUAUUAGUGCUUUUGAAUGAUUGCGUAGAAGCGAUUGUCAAUUACUUCACAGACCAGGAAUGGCAUUCAAGUUGUGAGAAGAUAGCAAAAUUCAUUGCUUCCAGAGUCUCAAAGGAUUUGAAUUGCAUCCAAUCUGUUGAGUGCAUACCGGUAGCUAGCUCCCGUUGUAAGCAACUUAAGAGUGCCAUGGCGUAUCAGAACCUACUUUCCUGUUUUGAUGGAUUUUUGUGUCAGGCCCACAAUGGAGAAGACAUCCUGAGAUUGCUUAGGGCAAUUAACUUCAAAGACAAAAGUUGCGAUUUCUUCAAGAUGUACAUUUACCUAGUUUUGACAGAGAACUGGGUUUUGUCCAACUCAUUAAUCGAAGACAAUCCAGUAAUCUAUGAAAUGUUCUGUCUUUUUCUAAGACAAUGUUCUAGCUUGAUUUCAGCAUCAGACCUACGAUCAUAUGCGUCAAAGGUUCGUCAUAGGGCCGCAUAUCUUAUGCACUUCUCCAUCUACAAGUAAUUGGUUUCUGCCUUAAAGGACCAUAUUUUGAAGGGUGAGAGUUUGCAAGAUUGAAGUAGCAUGGCUUCUGCAACCUUAUUUUGAUCGAGAUUCUUCAGAGUCCCGGAUAUUUUUUCUUCUUGUUGGGUGGCAUGAAUCAAUUUCUAAGAUAUAAGUAGCUGACAAUUAUGAAUUAUCUACCUUUUAUCCAAUUAGCUUUUGUUAAAUGCCAUGCAUUUAUAAAAUUCAUUGUAUAUCAAUCAAACUCUUUUAACCAAA